UCACUACCUACCGUGGAACGAAUAUUGCUCUCCAUCCCCUCAACUCCCACUCUGUCACACACACACACUCACUCACACCACACUCUCAAACUCUCCCUCGCACCCCUCCUUGCCUGCCCGCCCGCGUCCGUUUGUCACCCUCCAUUCUCUUUUUUUGGAAACGAAAAGAAAGAAAGAAAUAAGAAUCCAUAGAGGAGAAGUUGGUGUCAGCAAGAUAGCGCGGAAAUGAAAAAGUUCUCGGCUGAAGACCAAACAAAAGUUUUCGGAAUAAAAUUAAGUUUUUGCAGGAUGUGAGUUCUCCCACAAAGCUCUCGGGAAGUGUCCUUAGCACAAGGAGGAGGUUUUAUUUUUCUUUAAAAAAAAAAGGAGCAAGGCAGAGAAAGAGAGAGGCAGAGAGAGAGAGAGAGAUAGAGAGAGAAAAUAAAUUAAAACUGAGACCGCUCAAGAAAAAAAAAACCGCUAAACUUAAUUGUGCUUUUCUAAUCACUUUAAACCUUAUCCAAGAGGAAACAACUUAACCAGCUACGGAAAACUUCGCUUACUUGCUCGUUAGAUAAAAAAUAUAUGGAAAUAUAUCUGUUUACAUAUAUAUAGAAAUAUAUCUCAAAUAUAUAAAUAUAGAAAUAUAUCUCGCAUGUUGUGGUUUUUACGAUAAGGAAGCGGCUACGUGUCCGCAUGUUAUCUCCAUAAUCCUGAUCGCAAUAUCAAAUGCAUAUCAAAAAUCUUCUAAUAUAUAUAAUAUAUUAAAUAUUUAAGCGCGAUUGAAUGUUCCAAAACCAUGUCCCGACUCAUCUCGGAAAGGAAGUGAGCGUCGUUUCCGAAGUGCGAGUGGAAAUGAUCAAGUGGAAAUGAUCCCUUGAAAGUGAUGUAUCCACUGAAUAAAAGCUACUAAUUGUUUCUGAAUGUGAUGCUGAGGUUACGCGUAUAAUUAUUAGUGCGUCAUUUAUGAAGUGAAAUGUCAUCUUGAAUAUAUAUGAAAUUGUGGUUAACUAACAGUGGCUCUCCGGUGGCGAAUUCAGCAUUUUCUUUGCAUAACUUGCAAGCGAUUAAAGGUGGCCAAGUGGAUGAAGUUUGAGCAAAGACAAUGAAAGCUUAGUCUUACUAGAAAACUUUGGAAAGGUUAAUGAAGAUAAGAGUGCCAAACAAAUUUAGACGUAAUUAUAGCAAUGAAUCAAACGGUUAAAUGGUGCUAGAGGAAUACGUGUAAGCGUAUUGAUAUUGUAUCCUAAGUGCAAGAAAUUUAAGUGAAACUAAAGUUACGAACUUUCAAAGGAAACUAUCUGCUGUCAGUUUUGCCUUGUUAUGAGCGUGAGAAGUGUCCAGUAUAUAGGAGAAAAAAUAUAUAUACAUCUGCAGGCCUCUGUGGUAUCUGAUUAACUUCGUAUCACUUUCCAAUAAUUUUGCACUGUAAGAAAAUGUCAAAAUAACCCUAGCCUUGUUCGAAUUUCGUGACAUUCCGUAAAAUCUGCAGAAACUGUAUGUUCAAAGAAUAACGAAACAACAGCUGACGUCUGCCGAAAAAUCUGAAGAUUUGAAGAUCCGAUUUCAAAAGAGCUCUCUCCCCCACGCUGAAUUGUAGAAGGCCAUUCAUAAGACCACACCAAAAUCGUGUGGAAUACCGUUUUGAGAAGGACGAACAAGUAAGAAGACAAAUCCGGGGAAAAUAUAAGGAAAUCUUUUAAAGGAAUAGAAGAAAAUUCUUUGGAAAAAUUGCGAGUCGGAAUGGGCUUAUAUAUAUAUAUAUAUAUAUACACACACGUUAUCUCCUUUCACUCUCCGCCGAAAAUGGGUUUGCUUAUUGGAACCAUUUCAGAGAGGCAGUUUUUAGGUACAGGGACUGACGCGAACAGGAAAUAAGUGUCGAGGAGGUUGCUGAGCGAUUUUGAGGACUUGUGAAGUUUGAAAAAAGGGAAAGAGAAAUAGAAACCAUAUUAACUACGAGUAGUGCAUCUACGAAGUAAAUUCAGAAUAGCAGUUUACCUUCUCUCCAUUGUGUUUUAUGAUUUGUCCGGAAUUAAAUGAACGAAGAGCAGAAGGGAGGAAGAAGAAGAAGGAACAGCCACGCACAGAGAAAAGGUGGCGAAACAUCGUGGAAUUGGAGAAGUUCGAGAUAAAACAGAGAGAAGAUGUUUCGUUGCAUUCCCGGAGGUCUACCAGAUGACCAUAACACGCUAACAAACUUGUAUGUAGUCCCGAUGCGUCUGUCGGCCUUAGUUACUUGAAAACGAGUAAAGUAGUACGAGCCGUCAUGCAUUUGUUUUACGAAGACUCCGCCCAGCUGCUGUUUGUUUAAGUUCUCCCAGAGAUAUAUAGAUAGAUGUUGGUCAUUUCGUGACAUUACAAGAACUGCUCAUUGUUUAAAAAAAUAAAAUGGCUGAGAUUUUUAUUUAUGUAGAAGGGGUUCGAACCCCAUUACGAUAUGAACAUUGAAAAUAAUAAUAAGAAAACCUGUUAAUUAAAUUGCGACGUGACACAACCAUGAGGUGCUCUUUGGGCAUAUGCCCAUCACUGGCAUGGAUCUGACCCCAUCGCCGGAGGGUGAAUCGUGUACCACAUCAAAGCCUGAGCCCACAAGAUGUUUAUCCAUCGAGGCGAGAGCUUCGGAAGCACCGGAAGUAGUUCCGGAAGCACAGGGCGGAAGACUAGGGUCCCGGAUAUUAUCAUCCGUGAGGGAGACCCUCCCCACUAUUCUCCGCUACCCUGUAUCCAGGUCACGCAGAUAAAAACGUCAGUUGUGCAAAAGGUCGUUGAUCAAGAUGACCUUGACGAUGGCGAGUACGACUAUCUCGGCACCUCGUCCUCGAACAGGGCCAACAGACGCCCUUCGGGGGAGAUGCAGCGCCCUCGCUCUCCAUCAUCCCCCGCCGCCCUCAAAGCCCCCGGGCGGAACUCCAGGCGGGUGAGCCUCAUCCCUGGGGAAGCCCUGGAACAAGCUCAUGCGUCCCUCGCCCUCUCGGCCCUCGCACAGGGCCGCGAUCCGCCCAGUUCCGCCCUCUUCAGCCACCACAAGGCGACUUCGGAGAUCUCCGAGGGGCCGAGGGAGAAGCCUCGCGUGGAGAAGUCGAAAACGACUGACGACGGCGCCGGGGCUGGCGACGGCGUGGAUGGGGGCACCACGGCCAACUCCUCGCCCUUGAGCGAGAAGGACAAGGCACCUGGCCUAGACAAUUCGAGUAAGCUCAGUAGAUCAAGGAGUGAGCAAGAGUGGACCAAUCUUAGAGUCGCCAUGGCUUGGUAUUCGCGCCUGCGCCGCAUCAGGAGGAUGAAGUCAAAUCAGAGAUGGCUAAAGCUGCGAACUACGGUCCAAUUGUCAGGUGCGCUCUCGUCUUCUAUGAACCGUGCCAAGCCGCCUCUGAAGAGAGAGGAUUCAUUCAUUAAACGGUUCUCUACGAGGCAGAUCGCCGAGCUCCAGGACACUGUCGACCAAACAGAUGAGGAGGACAUCAGCAAGAACUCCACAGGUUCCCCGAAGAUCCGCAAGAAGAAGAAGAAGAGAACGCCGAGAACUGUCAUCAACCCCUAUGGCAACGUUUACUUCUACUGGCUGUGCGUCCUAACCAUCUGUGUCCUCUACAACCUCUGGACGACCAUCGUCCGCCAGGCGUUUCCAGAGUUGCAGAGGCGGCCUCAGCCUAUGUGGUACCUCCUGGACGGGAUGACGGACAUGGUCUUCGUCGUGGACAUCUUGGUGCAGUUCCGGACGGGCUACCUGGAACAGGGCCUCAUCGUCAGAGACUUCAAGAAGCUGGCGAGGCACUACACGCAUUCGCGCAGCUUUUUGUUGGACCUCGCCUCUCUUUUCCCCCUAGAUUUUUUACAGUUUAUUAUCGGUUCCAACCCUAUCAUAAGGUUUCCGAGAUUUAUAAAAGUGUACAGAGUUUACAACUAUUACUACAUGGUGGAAUCCAGGACACUCUACCCCAACAUGUGGCGUGUGGUGAACCUGGUCCACAUACUCCUCCUCCUUGCUCACUGGUUCGGCUGCUUCUACUACAUGCUCUCCGAAGCGGAGCAGUUCCGCGGCGAUUGGACCUACCCUAGAUAUCAAAGUGAAGAUUUCAAAACGUUAUCGAGAAAGUACUUGGGAUCCGUGUAUUGGUCCACGCUCACUCUGACUACAAUUGGAGACCUUCCCACUCCGGAGACCAAUAGGCACGACAACCAGAGUUACGAGGACAUGCCACACCAUCCCGUGGGGGUCGACGGCCCCCCCACGCACCAACCACCUUUCGCCGCCCAUCCGGGCGACCAGGUAACAGAAUUCCCCGUCAGCCCGUGCCACCCACGAUGUCCUGAUCCGGGCGGCGGCGGCGGCGAUGGCUUUGUCAAGGGCGGCGGUGAUGGGGACCGGGAACCGACACCCUCCCCCUCACCCCCUCUUCCUCCUCCUCCUCUUAUUCCUCCUCCUUGGCCGAAACCCAUUUCUCUCGACUAUGAUGAAUCGUCACCACAUGACGGUGAACAGGGCGUGAGCCCGGCCCUACGAGAUCCGUUCCGACCCAGCCCGUCCAUCAGUACUAGUGGCCCGUCCAAGAGCGAACCGGGUGGUGGUGGCGGUGACGGCGAAGUGGGCAAGGCUCCGGCAAAAGAUUCUUCUGAAGCCGACGACGAGAAUUGGCCCAGAGCCUUACAUCGCCGCGGACUCAAGUCCCGUCUGCUAAGGAUUAAGACCAACGCUGGAUAUAUUUUUACAAUAGUUAGCUACCUCAUUGGCGUCUUCAUCUUUGCUACCAUUGUGGGUCAAGUUGGUAAUGUGAUUACAAACCGUAAUGCUAAUAGGUUGGAAUUCGAAAGAUUAUUGGAUGGAGCCAAAUUAUAUAUGCGUCACCACAAAGUUCCUAGAGCUAUGCAGAGGAGAGUGCAGAGAUGGUAUGACUACUCUUGGUCAAGAGGUCGUAUCCAGGGAGGCGGGGACAUAAACAUGGCCUUAGGCCUACUCCCUGACAAGCUGAAGACCGAGCUUGCCCUUCACGUCAACCUUGCUACGCUCAAGAAGGUUAGUAUAUUUAAGGAAUGCCAGCCAGAGUUCCUCCACGACCUGGUGCUCAAGAUGAAAGCCUACAUCUUCACACCCGGUGAUCUCAUCUGUAGGAAAGGCGAGGUGGCCAGGGAAAUGUUCAUUAUAGCCGAUGGUAUACUCGAGGUGAUAAGUGAGACGGGCAAAGUUCUAACCACCAUGAAAGCAGGAGACUUCUUCGGAGAAAUCGGUAUUCUCAACCUGGAUGGACUCAACAAUUUUCGAUCCGCGCCCUCUUCUUCUUCCGGCAGGCGAACGGCGGACGUGAGGUCAGUGGGCUACUCGGAGCUCUUCAGCCUCUCCAGGGAGGACGUCCUGACGGCAAUGAAGGAUUACCCGGAGGCCCAGUUAGCCUUCGACGAGAUCCUUCAGAGCCUGGGCCGGAAGCGCCUGAUGGAGGCGAGGCACCAGACUUCCAAGUCGGGUUCCUCGGGCUCCAGCAAGAGAGGGACCCCCUCUCCCAACAAGGACGGCGGUCCCGACGACAAGAACGCGAAGAGGAUCGUCAGCAGGAUACGAUCGGACGUUUCGGCCAUCAGGAACGCCUUCAGGAGGAGUAAGGGCACGACGAGGUACAUGGAAACUCUGGAACAAGACAAUUUUCCAGGGAGAAAAACGGACAACGAAACCAUGGAGCUGGAACCUCUCACAGGAGACCACAGAUCGAGUACGGAAGAUGAUGGCCCAGCUGUCAAACGCAUAUUAAAACACCCAAGCUUAAAGAAAACGGGAUCCAAGGUCAUCAAACGAGUCUCAUUCAGACAUGCCAGCUUAAAGAUCCCUGACCUUGAUGGUAGGAAGAGGGUCUCCUUCAGACAUGGAAGCCUCAAAAUCCCUGAAGCUGCACCAGAGGGUCUCAAGAGAGUCUCUUUCAGACACACAAGCAUCAAGAGACCUGAACCAGAAGGCAUCAAGAGAGUUUCUUUCAGACACACAAGCUUUAAGAGGCCCGAGCCAGAUGGCGUAAAGAGAAUCUCCUUCAGACACAAAAGCUUUAAGAGACCAGACUCCCACAACACGAAGAGGAUAUCCUUCAGGAAAAUCAGUGGUCGAAGUGGUAGCGACUCCUCAGGAGGUGGCGCUCGUGGGGUCUUGAAGAGAAUGGGCCACGUAACCAGCGAUGAAACAAACCAGGUGGUCAGCCCUGGCAGAACAUCGUCCAAUGAGGAGCAAGGAGUUCUGGGAGCAGGGUUACCUCUGCUGCAAAGGUUGAAACUCCUCAAGGAGAAGGAAGAUAAGGAAGAAAGAGAAAGGCAGAGAAUCAAAGAGGAGGAGGCAAAGCAACAAGAGCCUGCUCCUCCUGUUGAAGAAGAACCGGAAGUUAUCGGUGCUGGUUUGCCCCUCUUUGCUCGGCUAAGACUCUUGAAAGCAAAGGAAGAGAAGGAGAGGAUGGAGAGAGAAGAAAAAGAGCAAGGAGAAAAAGAAAAGGGUAAGGAAGAAGAUAAAGGUAAAGCCGAAGAACCACCUAAAAAGUUAGUGUCACCUGUCAAAGAUCAGCCGGCAAAACCUCCAGAAGCACAAGAAGCGAAAGAAGUGCCUGCACAGCCAGUGGAGGUUAAACCAAAGAUUGGAGGUGGACUGAUGAAGAACAAACUUCGAGCAGCUAUUCUUUCGAAAUCUGCACCACCUCCACCACAGGCUGUGCCAGCAGCAGCAGCAACUGCAGUAGAGACUGCUUCAAAAGCAGAACCUACAACUUCUGCAGCAAGCUCCUCGUCAGCCACAUUGACAACAACAUCACUAACGACAGAAGCUCCUACAGCAGGUGGGUUAGCAGGUAUACUAGCGAAAAAAGCAAAAGCAGAUGCAGAGGCUAAAUCCCAAGUGAAGAGUCCCAUUAACGAUUUAAACAAAGGUUUAGAUACGAAACCUACCAGUGAAGGAGCUGUAGAUAAAGUAGGCAAUAAUAAUUCCUUAGCAGCAAAAGAUAUUCAUGCUAAUAGUAACAGUGUGCAAGGAGGAGACGCAUUAGAAAAAGCUUUUGGUAAACUGCUCUCAAAGAAACUCAAUACAGCACCAAAAGAAAAACCCAUUUCACCUGUGAUAGAGAAGCCUGCCACGGAGGUUCUCAAGUUACAAUUUACAACGACUAAAGACAAAAUAAAUCGAAGUGAUAGUUUUAAGAGAGCUAUGGAUGAGGGUUUAAUUAGAAGUACAGAUGAAAGUGAUUUGAAUAUCAAACCUUCGGAGGAAGUGAAAAAAGUUGUUGAACGCUCAAAAGAGAGUGAAAGUGAAGAGGGCAAACAAAGUUCCGAGGAUAAGAAAGGUGGGGAGAGUCAGAGUGAAAAUGAAGUGUCUCCUGUCAGUGAUUCAAAGCAAAUAGUAAGCAAACAGGAAAUUGAAGAGGGUAGGAGAAAAAGUAUAGAUAAAACGUCUAAACCUGAAAGUGAGGAAGGGCUUUUAAGACGAGGAUCAAGUGAGAAAAAAGAUAGUUCACCAGUAGAAGCCAGAAGACAGCCUUCAAUAAAUGUACCCACAAUUCAACACAAGAAAAUAGAUUCAUUGAAAAUUGCUAGUCAUCUCCCGUGUUUUACAUCAUCGAAAUCAAACAGCCAUUUUUCGUCGUCUCAAAAUCAGGUACCUAGUGAAGACGUGUCUCCGCCUUUAUCUUCCCCGGAAAGCACUGAGACCCCUGAGAGAAAGACUUUGAAAAGUAUUCUCAAGCGCAUGUCCAGAGAAGAUUCCAAAGGGAACCUUUUGCCCCCAGAUGGUGCUGACUUGAGAAAACUCAUGAAAGCGCCGACUGUGGAGGGUUUUGUUGCUAGGAGGUCAAAGUUCAGCAAAUCCGUAUCUUUCCAGCGAAAAACCCUUUCUUCUCCUCCUCCACCAGCUCUUUUGGACGAGCUUAAGAACUCAUCAUCUUCAUCCUCAUCACAGUCACAGGUCGAGUCCUCGUCUGUUCCAGUUAUCCCUACCAUUGUACAGCCACCAACUUCUCUCAAGGGAAAGCCCAACGAUAGUUGCAAUACUACUGAUGGUGUCAGUAAGUUGAUGGUGAAGCUGGGUAGCAUAGGAUUGGAUGGAACAGCAGACCCACAGACACAAGAUCUGGUCUUAGGGGUUAGAAAAAUUCUCAGAGAUAAAAUGGAUGAUGUGGAGGUUGCGUGGGUUGCAAGAGUAAAAGAACUACAGCAACAGUUGGCUGAUAGGGACGCAACCAUAAGACAUCUUACGCACACUAUAUCCAGACUGCAGGCGAGUGCGAUGAGCGAUGGCAUUUGCGGGGAGACCAGUCCUGAAAAUGGAGGUUCAGCUAGACCCCCAGCAAUUAUUAGGUCACCAUCAGAAGCUAGCAUCAGUGGUUCUGACGAUGAUGAACCACUCUUCAUGAGAUGCAAUUCAAUUGAGUCCAUCAUUCAUCAGUCACCAGAUGGUUCUCCUGAGAGGAUGCAUGCACCCCUUGCAGCACGGCGAUCUUGGCCUAGACAGAGUUCUCUUGACCAGCGUUCUAUUCAUCCCAACCGUUUUGCAAGGUCGCUGGAAACUACUCACGACCCUAAUCACAUAAUAUUAGAUAUUGGUUCUUCCACCGAUGAGGACCUCUGCUCAUUCUCAUCAGAUGAAGAUCACAUACUGUUUGGAGAAUUAUCACAAAACUAUGACAAUGAAUUUGAUGAGGAAAUGGGUGAUGAUGACCAAAUUUCUGAGGAUAUUUUUCUUGUUAGUGGUGUUGAUGGUGAGGAUAAUGGUGAUGAUGAUGAUGGUGAUGACGAUGAUGAAAAUGAAGAUGAGAUAGAUGAUGAUGAUGCUGAACCAGGUGAGAGUGGUGAAACAGAGUUGAAUUCACAAGACUGGGAAGUGCAAUUAUUAGCACGACAACUUGCUGAGGAGCAGCGAGGUGUUGCAAGACAAGUAGACAGAGACAUUGCUGAGGGCCGCUUAGAGUCUGCACUAGCUGAACUUCAUGAAGCUUUGGCAACAGACAAAUUAGGGAACCUUACUGAGGGUGAUUUAGUAAGAUUAGAAAAAGCUGUUAGAACAGAGAGAGAAAAGCUUAGACGAUAUGCACGACUAUAUAGUCUGGAUGAGAGACCAGUUUUAGAAGAUCAAUUCACAUCUUUAUAUCGCAGUAGAUCACAGCUUUUACUGAAUCGUAGUUCAGAACUUUGCCGAGCAGGGCCUACCCAGCGCCGUUUGUCUUCAUUGUUAGUCCAGCUCACAAAAAUGACACCAGCAGAACAGUUCCUACUUGAUCGACUUGUUUACACCAAUGCACGCAAACGUAAGCUUUCACGCCAGAGAUCAUUAUGUGAAGACCGUCUGAGAAGUCAAAGGUCCAAUCAGUUACUAGCAACUCGUCGGUCAAUGAGUAUGUGCUCUCCACCUCCUGGCAGUACUCCUCCAACUCCUCUGAGAGACACUGCCUCAGAAACUGCUGAACUACCAAGAGACCCAAGUAGUGAAGGAGAAAGUGCUCCACCUACAGUAUCAGUGAUGCUAUCAUCUUUGCAAAGAUCAGUUGCAGCUAUAUCUGGGAGAGGGCGUACUGCAGGUAACAACCAAGGCUCACAGAAAGAGGGAGCACCUCUUUUACAGUCUCCCAGGUAACAUCAAUAUAUUGAUACAUCUGGUACUGCUGAUCAGUUUAAUAACUGACAAGAGAGCAAUAGGGGCAUAUGGCCACAUCUGUGUUUUGAUGCUAAAAAAACUUUUUAAAACAUUUUUUGUAGUAACUCUAGUUAUUUUACUUGAAAGUUGCAAAGCAUAUUGUUAAUAUUGUAUGCCAGCUUAUUCAGUCUUUGCACUGAAUUUUUUUUAACAGCCUGUUAACAAAAACAAGCAAACCUUUUGAUGCAGAAUUCAUACUCGCCAAUGCUAGCAGUCAGGAGAAUGGUGCUGCUGCUGAUAUACUACUGAUACUGCUGCUUGCAUGCAGGUGUGUGCUAAGAUAGAUCUUUUGCUUGAUAACCCAAGAAUUAUAUUUAUGUACGGUUCAUUUGCCUGUCGACAGUAUUCAAUAAGUGGAAAUGCCCACAUUGCACAUAAUAUAUAUAUAAAUAUAUGUCGAUAUAUAUAUAUAUAUAUCUCCUGACCUAACCUAAGAAAGUAACUUACAUCAGAACAUGGCCAAUAACUGCAUAUAAAUAUGCAUUAAUUUAACACUCAAGUAUGGUAGUCACUUAGCCUGCAACUGGGCCAGCUGAUUAGCUUUCUUAUUUUCGCACCUUGAAGCUUGUGUUAUAAUAAAUAUUCUCAAAAGUUUCUAGGCCCCACUCACAUGCUGAACUAUAAUGCAACUCAAUACAGUGAUCCUCGACAAGAAAGGCUCGUGUAACAAGAUUUGUUUCGACAAUUCAUUCCUCUUAUCAUCUGUAAAAAGACAUCAUGUAAGACCCACAAUACAUUCUCAUUAUACCAUUUUUGACAGUGUUCAGAGUAUAUGUUAUCAAAGUUUGUUAAAAGUUUUCGGGGAUAAUGGUCACUUCUUUUCAUUAUUAAAGACCAUUACAGAUAUAUCUAAUUUAUAGGUAACCAUAAUUAUUGUAAGAAAGGGCUGAGAUAUAGAUUAUUUUUCUUAUAAAAAAUGUAUGUUGUUAUGUUAUAAAUGUAAACUAAUCACCACUUACUACAACUGUAUGCUCUUUGAGGGAAAAUUAGGAACCAUUGCAAAGAUUUUUAUGGUUUUGAGCAUACACAAAUUUUAUCAAACGGGUGCUACGCAGGAAAUUUCUCCAAUGUACUGUAUAUCAAAAGGGGCAAAAGUGUAAAUAUUAAAGCUGGCACAUUUGUAUAAAGUUUGGUGCUGAUUUGACUUUACAGUAGUGUUUUUGAAAGCUACAGGACAUUACUCAGAAGACUCCCUUGUUCCACAGUCUCAGGGGAACAUUUGUUUUUUCUUAAAUAUUCUAUGUAUCAUCAAUAUUCAUGAACAAAAUUUUUAGGAAAAAUUACCCUGUAUGUAAUGUGAAAAUGCACUAGAAAUGGCAAGUUGAUGAAGUCAAAUACUCAUCUUUGUAUGUAUUUACAAAACUUCUGGCCCAGUUUUUUUACUUUAUAAAACAAAUAACUGUAUAAAGCCCUUGGUACAUUUUCAUCAUGCAGUACUGUAGUAUUGACAAAUUCCCAUCUUGUUUUGCCUGUCUGUUAUUUUCUAAGCGCCACAUUUUGUAUAACCUCUGCAGAGGCUUGCUUAUUUACAUUUCCCAACUAAUUCUUACAAUCACAGCAUGCCCAUUUUAAAUAUAGAGGAAAAGUCUCCUUUAGAAUGAUAAAUUUCAUACAUUAGGUAGACAACAAGGCUAAAUUUCUGCAAUCCCCCUCAUUCCCCAAGACUGAUACUGUAAUAAUUUGUGACUACGGAAUGUGCCUUGAAGUUACAUAUUUCACAAGCUGAAGCUAUUCAUAGUGAAGCAAUGAAAAAAAAAGUGUGUGUGCAUUCAGACAAUAAUGGAGCAUUGUAUUGAUGAAUCUUAAUUUUAUUUCAACACUAUUUAAAAAUACCAAUCAUUAGGCAAACUGUAGUAUGAUUUUUUAUUUAAAAUUUAUAGCAUUAUUUUUUAGGGAAUUAAAUGCAAGUAAAAUAUUUUUCUUGCGAUGUAAAUAACUAUUAUACAUAAUGCUUUAUUACCACAAGCUCACCAAAGUAGCUAAUAGUUGUGAGGUACCUUCUAGAAGAAUACUUAUUUGGUUAAAGUCUUUAUUCUCUGUUGAUGGUUCAUUCUUGGCUAAAGCUGCACUACCAUAGGCAAUACUGUAUAGCAUUAGUAAACAAGACUUUGGAUUUAUGAAACAAUAAGUACCUAAAUUUUUGUUAGUUUUGAAAUUGUUUGCCAAGUAUUUUCAUUAUGUAAGGCAGUUUUAUUGUACUACAUCUUUUCAAUAGCUUCCUGAUAUCUGAAUAGCACCAAGAUAAAUGCACUUAGGUACUUUGAGAUUUAGUAAAUGAGUGAGGAAAAGGUUAAUGCUUUAUAAACUGUUAGUUUGUUUAUUAAUAUGAAUUUAGAACUCCACUGAAUGUACUACUGGAGAUGGAGAGAUAAAAAUGAUGAGUGUUUCAGGUAUAAUAUUUAGGCACACUUGUCUCAAGAGAUAUUAAAAAUACAAAUUUCAGAGGAUGAAAAAGGCAGAUUAGGCAGUCAUAAUGCUCAAAUCAUUGUGGAGUAAUACUGUAGAAAGUAAGUUAUAAGCCUGACUAAAUCAAUAUUGAUAUAUAGUACCCAACAGGAAGAAUAAUAGGACUUAAAUGAAACCCACUGCUUACUAUGAAAGACUAUCUAGAUGACAGAAGAUGGGGCAUGUUUUCAGGAGAGAAGAGACACUAGUGGUGUAUGAAACAGGGUAGACUGCUGAAGUAGUUAUGGGAGGGGAAAACAAAGGUUGACAUGUUGCAGGAAAACUGAGGGAUUUAUGAGAGGAAUAUAGGCAGUCCCCAGUUUACGACGGGAGUUCCGUUCUUGAGACGCAUUGUAAGCCGAAAAUAGUCGUAAGCCCGAAAAUCAUAAAAAAUCCUAAGAAAACCUUACUUUUAAUGCUUUGGGUGCAUUAAAAACUAUGUAAUCUGCAUUCUUAUAGUAUUUCUCAUAAAAAAAAACUUCAAAUAUUGAUUAUUUUGCAUUUUUGGAGACAUUUAUUCUGCCAGAUUGGCAUUGUAAGCUCUGUAAUUCUGGAACAUGCGUCGUAAACCUGGAAAUAAUUUCUGAUAAAUAUAAUUGAAAAGCUUUGUAACCUCGGAACGUCGUAAGCCAAACCCGUUGUAAGCCGGGGACUGCCUGUAUUGGGAUGACCAUAGAGAACAGGCAUUUAUGAGCUGGAUUCAUUGCAGCACGGCUAGAAUUAUUUGUAACAGUUGUUAUUUAAUUACCAUAACCAAUAUCAUUGCCAUGGUAAUAAUAAAAAGGAAUGACAGAAAAUUAAGAAAUAUUGUGUGUACAUACAUACCUUGAUGUGCAUUAACUGCAACUAAAUAAUAAUUCAUUCUUGGCACAAAACAAGCUAUCAGUUGUGCAACCUUGGUACUGUGGAACCUCUUGUCCUUCUCAGAAGUAAAAGAUGAAAAUAUGUUAUUUUAAUAAGCUAGAACAGUUACACUGAACCAUUUAUAUAUCCUUCCCUUUACUCUUAAACUCUACUGCUGAAGGAAACUUUUCUAAGGAAUGAAGGAAACUUUUCUAAGGAAGGCUUACAUGGUAGAACUGAGGGGUAUUGUUAAUAUUGUAAGUCUCAAGGAUAAACCAGCUAUAAUGAGGUGAAAAAAAAGUAAGAUGGUCUUUUAAACCUCAAUACAACUUAUUUAGUUGGUUAGAACAUCAAAACCGUGAUUUUGUAAAAGAUGUAUGUAUCUGAAUAAUCAAAAUGCUGGUUUUAUAUUUAGUACUAAUCUAUCUGGAAGGUUAAUCUGUAGUGUAUUUAAGACUCCAUCUAAUUCUGUAACAAAUAUAUGCUAUUUUUCCAAAGUGUUUGAAGUUUAUAGCGGUCUAAAUGUGCAAUACAUAAUACUGUUUCACAAUGACUAUAAGCCACAUACAACUUCUAGGGCCAUAGUUAUUUUGAAUAUGAUUUAUUCCAUAGCUGAAUUUGAUACAUUCUAUUAAGGAAAAUGCUGUACUAACUGUAAGAGCAAAGUCUGUGCAAGUUGUCCUGUAGUAAAAUAAUUUAACUUGGAAAUUUUGAAAUAUUUCCAAGUACUACAUUUUUAUUCUGAAGUCUGCUUUUUUUUUUUAAAUUGAGGUUUUCAUUGAAAAGGCAUUGGAAAAGAAUAACUUAUGAUGUACAAUAUAAAUUUUACACUUGGCACAAGAAAAAAAAAGCUAAAUAAUUCCCUUGAUUCUAGGUUUUACUUUUUUACACUUUACAAGAAAAAUGGUCUUGAUUCUAGGUUUUAAUUUUUAUCAUGAAAUUAUACAUCACCAGUUGUAAAAUUCCAUCCUAAGAAUAGCACCAAUAAAAACUGUCUUCUGUAUCUGUGUGAAGUAGUAAUGCAUAUGAAUUCUCUCUGAAUGUUAUUCAUAAAUGAGGAAUGGCCUUGUUAAAAUAUUGGGUUAGGUAAUAUACUCAUUUCCAUCUACACAAAAUAUAAGUAACUAUACUUUUGUACUUCCCAUACAUUAUUUCCCACUAUAAAUAUCUAUUAGUUCAAGUUUAAUAGAACAUUAGACAAUUCAGCAGAAAUUUAAUUGAUUUUACUGCAAUUUACUCUAUUUCUCUUCUAAUAUUAGAAUGUUGAUUAAAUAGAUGUCUUGCUUUUAUAAUCCAAAAUGGAAAAUUCACAUACCCACAUGUGAACUUUACCCAGUGGGAAUUUUAGUUGCUACCAAAAUACAUUUGAGUAUUGAUUAAUUAAAAACUAACAAAACAAUAAAGAACCUACUUUUGAUGAUUUGUGGAUCAAAUGCAUCUACUUUUAUACAGUUAUUGCUAAAAUUUUAUGUAAAUUGUGUGUUAUAUAUAUAAAAUAAAUCUAAUACAAUACCAUCUACAUUUAUAUGAGGGGACUUGGGUAAUGAUUUAAAAAUAUCAGUGUUACAAAAAAAAAAAUAGUCUUUGUUAACAGGUGAAGCAUUAUGAAGUUUUCCAUUGCAUGGAUGUUUGGCUUCAUACUAUGCAUUGUUUUCUAGUCAAGUUUUCCAUGAAGCAGACUUAGUGUUGUAUGUGCUACAUUCUACAGUUAUCAGCUUGGAGGAUAUAUUUACCGAGUUAAUAUAAAAAGUUUUAUAUCGCAAUUAGAAAACUUGACUAGUUUUGUACACUUAUGGAAUUGUGGGCUUUACUUAAUUGUAUGAAAUUUUCUUUAUGUAAUUACCUAAUAACAAGCCUAAACACUACAAUGUGUAGAGAUAUUUUCACAUAUGAAUUGGUAGAUCACUUAUAAAUUCCCUUAAGCAUUAAAUUGCCAGACAGCUUUUUACAUUCCCUUUGGCAUAACUUUAAUAACCAUAACCUUAACCUUUGAAAUGUUUUAUUACCAACUUUUCAGUCAUAAUUUUCAUGCUAUUUCCAUAUCAAAAUCAAAUUAGAUAUUCAAGCCUAAUAUUGUAAACAUACCAAAAGCAACUCUUUGCAAUAUUUAUAAUUAUUAUUUUUAAAAAAUUUAGCUGUAAUAUGAUUUUCAAUGUAUGUAUAUAAAGUAUAUUUCCCCUUUGACCUUUGAAUAUCAAGGUCUCAAGAUUCACCCUUAUGACUGACUACAAGCAAAACUUAAGUUCAAGAUCUGAGUAAGAAGGUGGUGAUGUAUGGCUAAAGGAAAAAAAAAUCCCUCACUUUUAUUAUGCUACAAUUAAAGAUGUCUUGACUGUGAAUAUAUACUAUUAUAAAAUGCAUUUAUUAAAUGUUAAUUGUUGUUAGGCAAUCUAUAACCCCCUUUAUUAUAAACACUGUAUUUCAAUGAUACCUAAUUGUUUUACUCGAUUAGCCAUGUAAUCAUGUUGUUUGUCAGUGCAAUAUUUUCAGGUUUUUUAUUUUUUUUUCAUUGUAAAAAUUACUUCAAAUCAAAAUCUCUCAAUCUAAAGAGUAAUAGAUAAACAUAGCUUCUGGUUAGAAAUAUUUGAAUAUUUCUUUGUAUAAACACUGAUUUGAGCUAUUAAGAUGAAAGAUAAUAAUAGUUCACAUAAACUUAUGUAUAUGAUAAUUUCAGUUUCAUGAGUUCUUACACUCAUUUCCUCAUCUACACAAAAGAAAAAGGUAUUAUCGUGCCUUACUUGAUUUAUAGGUAUAUUCACCACCAACAUCUUACUGUCACUCUCAUAUUAAUCACUUAUCACUAAUCGUGGCAACAGAUGAUUACUGAAUUCUGAUUAUAAAGGAGUUCCUUCACUCAUAACCUGGAGAGGGACAGUGUUGUUAACCUUCUACCUUAAACAUCUCAGCUUGUCACAUUUCAUUCACCUUGUUCCGAGCCUUUCAGAAAUGCGAAGUAUUUUACCUUCCUAACUUUAAUAGUAAUAAUAAUAAAUAACAAUAAUAAUAAUAAUGUCUGUUUUGGAUCAUUCUUGUUUGUUGUUUGUUGGGACAUUUUAAAAGAUUGAGAAGCAAAUGAGGUUUUGUAUGAUGCCCCUUAAUUAACCAUUAACGGGUAAAGUUUGAUAAUGUACAAAAAAUAUAUAAAUAUAUAUAUAUCUAUACAUAAAUAUGACAAACUGA